CACUAUAACACUAUGAGGUUGUAGUCUUUGUAUGAUACAAGAACUAUAAAUUUCAUAGCAUUCUUUCUAUGUCACAAAAGUAUAGUUUCCACAAACCCUGUCUAUCCAACUAUCACUAUUUCCUUUUCCCAUUUUUGAAGUGUAGAAUAUUUUCCAAUAAGAAUUAUUCCCUGGAAAAUCUCUACUUUUUCCAUCCUUUAAUACAAGAUUUUCUUCGUUUUGGAUUGGGGCAACCCAGUAAGCAUAACGAUGUUUAGUUUAAUGGAGAACUUUCUGGAUUCUCUUCAGAUCAUACAGAUCUUUGUCUUUUAAUUUCAAGAACUUAUUCAGACACUCCUUUUUUUUUAACUUUCAGAAAACAAAAAACCUGCAUGGAAGCAGAGAACCAUACAGCCAUAGUACAUUUCCUCCUUAUUGGUCUUUCAGAAGAUCCUAAAAUUCAAUCUGUUCUUUUUGGACUAUUCCUAUCUAUGUUCCUGAUUACCAUGCUUGGAAACUUUCUCAUUGUCUUAGUCACCAGCUGUGACUCCCACCUUCACACCCCCAUGUACUUUUUCCUCUGCAACCUGUCAUUUGUUGACAUUUGUUUAACCUCCACUACUAUCCCCAAAAUGUUGGUGAACAUUUACAUGCACACCAUGAAGAUAUCCUACACAGAGUGCCUUACUCAAGUAUAUUUUUUUAAUAAUUUUCUUGGAAUGGAUAAUUUUCUACUGACCAUUAUGGCCUAUGAUCGUUUUGUGGCCAUCUGUCAUCCACUUAACUACACAGUCAUCAUGAACCCUCGAAUCUGUGGCCUUCUGGUUCUUUUAUCUUGGAUCAUUAUGUUCUGGGUUUCCUUGAUUCAUAUGCUGUUGAUGAAACAACUGAACUUCUCUACUAGCACUGAAAUCCCACAUUUCUUUUGUGAACUCACUGAGCUUCUCAGGGUGGCCCGCUCUGAUACCCACAUAAAUAACAUUUUUCUGUAUUUGGUUACUGCAGUGCUAGGUAUGUUUCCUGUCAUUGGGAUAGCUUUCUCUUAUUUUCACAUUGUCUCUGCUUUAAUGAAAAUGUCCUCCAUUAAGAAUAAGUAUAAAGCCUUUUCCACCUGUGGGUCUCACCUCUGUGUGGUAUCCAUGUUCUAUGGGACAGGAUUUGUAGUUCAUCUCAGUUCUGCUGUAGCCCAUUCAUCCAAGAGAAACACAAUCACUUCAAUAAUGUACACUGUUGUCACCCCUAUGUUGAACCCCUUCAUCUAUAGCUUGCGAAACAAGGAUGUAAAGGGGGCCUUAGUAAGACUCCUUAGAAGAGUUAAAUUUUGUCCUUGAUGCAUUACUGAUACCAAAGAAAGAUAAUUAUUGUGAGUACCAAUAUUCAAAGUCUUUUCAUCCCUGGAUCUUUGAAGUUUCUACUAUUCUCAUUGUUUUGGUUUUGUGAAUAUAUUAAUUGAUUUCUCCCUAAAUACCAAUCAAUUAUCAUCUUUUAACAUUUUUUUCCAUAAAGUUUAUGAAGAAAUAUAAAAGUUUGACAUAAAUUUUAUGGACUUUUCUGAUGUUUUGAAGUUUAUCUACAGAAUCUAUGUAGGAACUAAUCUGGUUUUCCUCAAAGUAUAUUGCUUAAGGAAAGGUGAGAUGGUUCAACAUGUGUGUAAAGAGCUUGCAGCUCUUUUAAUAUAAACUCAAUAACUGAUAUUUGUGUAAAAGUGGAAUCAGAGAAUCAACUUCACAAAUUUGUCCUCUGACCUUCACCAGCACCUUAUGGCAUGCACAGGUUCACACAUAUGUACACAUACAAUAAAAAUUAUUUUUAUAAUUUAAAAUAAAUUGUUUGAAUAUUACUAUUUUCAUCAUAGUUUAGGUACAUUUGUAUCUUCUUAUGAAACAAUGUAAGGGAAAUCACUGCAGCAAUAUAGCUAUCACUGUAUCAGGAUACAGUAAUUUUCUUCUUUCUUCUUUAAACAUUUAAAUCUACUCAUAUGGCAACAUUUCUUUAAGAAUUUUUCUCUCUUUUAUGUAAUAUUUGAAAAGAAAGUACUAACUUGAAAUGGACAGCUGGAACUUGGCAAUGACUACAUGUUCAUAAGGCAUAUAUUCACUAUCCCAAUUUUUGUAAUAACAAUUGAAUUUUGAAUAUAAAGAUAGAAAUUUGAAAGAAUUUUACCCACCUUACUUUUAAUUACUUAGUAGCUAGAGUUAUUCUGAAACAUUGCUUCAUUCUUUUAAAACCUUUGAUCUUUUUCUUUUUAUCUUAUCUCAUUUUCUAUUUUAUGUUUUUGCCCUCAUUUCCUUUAUCCUUAUUAUCUUCUUUCCUCUUGUUGUUUCAUUGGUUUUCAUUAACUAAUCAUUAUGUCUAUGAAUGAGUAUAUUAGUUAAUAUAUCAAUUUUACACACUGAUGGGCAUGUCACUAAUUUCUAUGACUUUUUAUUUAUAAUAUUUAAAUAGAUUUGUUUCAAUAGUAACUAUGCUAACUAUGAACAGAAUAAUUACAUGAAGGUGUAUCAGAAUAUAUAUUGUCUACUAGAAGUGAUAUCUGUGUUUAUGUAUGUAGCAUACUCUGCUCUGUUUGUUUAUAUAAUUAUAAAAAUUUUCUUGUAAUGCAUGUGACAAACAACUGUCCUUAUCACACCUUGAUUGUGAUCAAUUAUUUGGAAAAAUGUAUAAGAAUAAGAGAGUUGGCUCAUAUAUAUAA